AUGAGCAUUGUCUCCGGUUGCGAGACGUAUCAGAAGCAGGGCACUUGUGGAUUGGCCUUUCACUUGUUCGUUCUCGCCCUGGCGGCCGGGCUGACCGAUGGCACGGUUGUGGGUGGCCCGCGCGUGCCGGUGGAGGCAGCGAUGAGUCAAGCGGUCUUCCAGGCCCAGGAGGCAGCCCAUGCUGCGGGGCAGGCGGCAGAGGCAGCCGCCAAAUCUGCAGGCGAAGCAGAGCAGAUGGCGAAAUCUGCUCCCCCGCCUGCUGCCAAGGUCGCGGGCCAGGAGGAUGCUCCGAUGCCACUCACAGCGCCUGCGGCUGUUCCCAGCGCUGAGGACCUCAAGAAGGCAUUGCAAGCGGCAUACGAGGCAGGCAAAGCAGCAGCAAAGGCCCAGGCAGAGGCAGAAGGCUUCUCCCAGACCUACGACCUUGCGCAAGCGAAGAUCCCGGAGCCGGAUCGCACCGCACAGGCGCAAGCGAUCAAAGCUGCCUCCAAGCCGUACGUCGAGGCGGAGAACCAGGUGGAGGCAACCGUGGAAUCCUACAACAGCUUGGCCGUCACACUCGCAAACGAGGUGGUCAUGUAUGUGGACAAGGCGAAGAAGCUGGCCGACAUGGCGGUGAAGGAGCAGGCCUCCGGCAGCCCGGUCCUGGCCUCCCAGCAUCUCCUGGAGGCACACAAGCUGAUGCAUCAGGCGAAGGAGAAGAAGGCGCGGGCGCUGCGCAUUCGGAGCCUGGCCGAGAAGAUCAACAGCGAGGCGCUGCCCAGCUAUCGCCAGGCCACACAGAUGGCGGAGCAGUCUGCGGCCUUCUCGGCACUGCAGAUCUCACAGCAGUCCAGCCAUCUUCGUCGCUCGGGUGCCUGA